AUGUCAUCAUUCCUUCCGAUCGCCCGGCCUGUAGCCUGGCCUCCUACCUGCAUCGAGAACGAGCUAGGAACAGCAACACUGUCUCUUGGAAAUUGGAGAGAGCACAAACUAACACCACGGCUUGAGGCUGCUGCAAAGGCGGGCUUCAAGUGCAUCGAUCUGUUUGACGAAUGUUGGGAGGCAUACUUGGAAGAACACGGCCUCGAUGGUGAGAAGCUGUGGGAAGCAACUCCAGAGAACCUUCGGGUCGCAACCAAGCUAGGAGAUCUCGUAAAGUCUCUAGGAAUGCGCAUUGUCUGCACCCAACCCCUGCGCAAGAUUGAAGGAAUCAAGGAUCAAGCCGAGAGGCAGGAGACACUUGAUCUUGUCGCGAAACGCUUUCCGUUCAUGAGAGCCUUCGAUACCGACUUGGUUUUCAUGUGUGCCAGCAUCCGUAAUGACGAAGGGGUAACUUCUGACCUCAAAACCGUUUCAAAAGACUUGGCUGAGCUAGGCGAUAUGGCCGCGGCGUUCUCUAAGGCCGAUGGUGGAAGAAUGCUCAAGGUUGGCUACGAGGGUCUAUCAUGGGCAACCCGCAAUACGUGGUCAUCAUCUUGGGAGGCUGUACGCUCGGCCAAUCGACCCAACGUUGGCCUUGUUGUUGAUGCCUUCAACGUGUUAGCCGUCGAGUGGGCAAACCCGUAUAACCCGGCUGGCCAUGGCCGGGUCUACAGUACAGUAGAAGAAUCAGUCGAGAUAUUGUGCCUAUCACUCGCCUCGCUGGUAGCUUCUGUACCCGGCGACAGGAUAUUCUUCUUCCAGUGCGGUGAUGCGGAGCGAAUGGAUCCCACUAAAUUUCUACCGCCAACGGACCCCACUAUGCCACCACUACUCCCGUGGUCUAGAAGCCAUCGCUUAUAUCCAUUCGAAGCAUCUAGAGGUGGCUACAUGCCAACAAAUCUGGUUGCCGCCGCAGUUCUAGCAACUGGGUACAAGGGACCUAUUUCUCUCGAGGUCUUCAGCCAUACAUUGAAUGUCGGAGCCUCGAAUGUGCCUACAGAACACGCAAAACGUGGGAUAACCGGCUUGAAAAAGUUGACUGAUGCUGUCAAGUCUAUUCCCAAGUUCUGGGGUCACUCCGAGAAAGUUACCAUAGACAGUUUAAAACAACUAAUAUGA